AUGCCUCCUGCCCGUCGUGAACAUGUUCGACAUUCUGCACACCUCAAACCUAACACUCCAUUGCACUUGAGGGCAAUGGACGAUGCAUCAACCUCUCGAGGACCGCCCAAACCUCCAGAAUCAUCUGGACCAUGGCUAGCUAUUCAGUGGCAAAGCGACCACGCUCUUACUGAUACAUUGGUGAACUAUCUGACCACUCAAGCUGCUGAUUGUAGGGUCCUAUUUUACUCUGAUGGGAAAAAAGCAAUGGCUGCUGUCGAUGACCAUCCAUCGUGGUUGGAUAAAGGCCAAAUCUACCAGAAUAUUGCCAAGCUCUUGUUUGCAGGCCACCCUAAGUAUGGUGCUGCGUACGCCAUCAAUUCCAAAAAAUUCUGUGACGCAGUUGGCAACUGUAUUGGAACUCUCAGGGGUAAAUACAAGAAACUCAAGAACUUAUUAGAUGCAGCACUUUUGAAGCUGCCAUGGUACACAGAACUAGAUUCAAUUUGGCAUUCUAAUCCGUCCAUAGCCGCAGUAACCCACUCCUCAAAGCCAGGUGUUGAUCAUGCCAGCGUAUCAUAUUCACUUGUUCAACCGCAUGAUGGGGCUGGUCCCUCCGCACACUUUGACGCUACUUCUCAAUGGUCACCUUACACUCCCACAUAUCCCUCACAUGAUACCCAUUCUUAUUCUUCCAGUACUCCACCUUCACAAUAUGGCCAACCAUACUCUCUGGGCCCUCAUAUACCAUAUCACGCAAAUGCCCUUGAAACACCUCAUGCUGGGAGUUCACAAUUUGCUCCUGCUCCUUCUCCUGCUCCUGCUCCUGCUCUCCUCACUCCUGCUUCUGCUCCUACUCUGGCUCCUGCUCCUGCUCCCUCCCAUACUGCCCCUUACAAUACAUCCCCCCAAUUCCACCUUCACGGUCUUCCGACACCAAAAGACGCCCUCAACAAUCAUAACGCUGAUGACGAUGACUUUGAUCAAGAUAUUAGUGGACCGUUUGACACCCCGCUUGGAGACUCCCUAAAUUAUCUUAAAGAUGAUGAUAUGAUGGUCGACAAGACAACCGAUAGUCCUUCCCAUGUUGCAGGGAAGAAACAGCAGCUUCCCUCAUUACCAUUGCCCCCUCCUAAUGCUCCAGAACCAUUCCACAGACCUGCAAAAUCCCCGAUGUCUUCCUACAACAACUGCUCAGUGUUAGGCAUACAGAAGCUAUUGAGCUGUGGGGGACGAUGCAAAUGA